UCUCUCUCUCUCUCUCUCUCUCUCUCUCUCUCUCUCUCUCUCUCUCUCUCUCUUUGGCAAUCCAUCUCUCACUCUAUGCCUCCUCCGCUGCUCCAGAAGGGAAACACCAGUGGAGGGUUCUUCGACUAUGGAUUUACUGCAAUCACGAUCCCAUUGUGAAUGAUCAUCUUCUUUUCUUCUUCUUCUUUCUUUCUUUCUUUCUUUAUUUCUUUGUGGAUGCUCAUUAGCGUCGUGAGUCGAGAUGAUGGCAUCAAUAGGGGAAUUCGAUCCGCUCAACACCAGAGUCCCUGCAACUAAAAUAGAAGUUACCGUUUCGUGCCGGAGUCUGCUGGAUGUGGAUACAUUCUCCAAGUCCGAUCCUGUGGUCGUGUUGUAUUUGCAGGCCGUGGGAACCAAAGAAUGGAGGGAGUUUGGCAGGACAGAAGUAAUCGAUAACACUCGGAAUCCAGAUUUUGUCAGAAAGUUCGUCCUGGAUUUCUUCUUUGAAGAGAAGCAAAAUCUAAGGUUUGAUGUGUACAAUGUGGACUCCCGAAGCUGUAACAUUUCCAAAUACAAGGACUUUCUGGGCCAGACCUUUUGUACUCUGGGAGAAAUCAUUGGCUCCACAGGAGGGCGGCUGGAGAGGACCCUCUCUGGGAUUCCAGGGAAGAAGUGUGGAGUCAUUAUAUUUAAUGCAGAGGAGCUCAGUAACUGCAGGGAUAUUGCUACCAUGCAGUUGUGUGCCAACAAGCUGGACAAAAAAGACUUUUUUGGCAAGUCAGACCCCUUCUUGGUUUUCUACCGGAGUAAUGAGGAUGGAACGUUCACCAUCUGCCACAAGACAGAAGUGAUCAAGAACACACUGAACCCAGUGUGGCAGCCCUUCACCAUCCCUGUUAGAGCUCUCUGCAAUGGCGACUACGACAGGACUGUCAAGGUAGAUGUCUAUGACUGGGAUCGUGAUGGAAGCCAUGACUUCAUUGGCGAGUUCACCACCAGCUACAGAGAGCUGUCUCGGGGCCAGAACCAGUUCAAUGUCUAUGAGGUUUUGAAUCCCAAGAAGAAAGGCAAAAAAAAGAAAUACAUCAAUUCUGGAACGGUAACUCUGCUGUCCUUCAAAGUUGAGUCAGAGUAUACCUUUGUGGAUUUCAUCCGAGGAGGAACCCAACUGAACUUCACAGUGGCUAUAGACUUUACAGCAUCCAAUGGUAACCCCUCCCAGCCCACCUCCCUUCAUUAUAUGAGUCCCUACCAGAUGAAUGCAUAUGCCAUGGCCCUGAAGGCUGUAGGUGAAAUUAUCCAGGACUACGACAGUGACAAGCUCUUUCCUGCCUAUGGUUUUGGGGCUAAGCUGCCCCCUGAUGGAAAAAUCUCCCACGGUUUCCCACUGAAUGGUGACGCUGAGAAUCCAAACUGUGUGGGCAUAGAGGGGGUUCUGGAGGCAUAUUUCCAGAGCCUGAGGACGGUGCAGCUGUAUGGACCCACCAAUUUUGCACCUGUUAUUAACAAAGUGGCAAACUGUGCAACAGAGAUUACAGAUGGAUCUCAGUACUUUGUCCUACUGAUGAUCACAGAUGGAGUGAUAUCUGACAUGGUGCAGACCAAAGAGGCUGUGGUCAAUGCAUCAGGACUGCCCCUGUCCAUAAUUAUCGUAGGUGUUGGACCUGCUGAGUUUGAUGCUAUGGAGGAGCUGGAUGGAGACGAGGUGAGAGUGUCCUCCAGAGGACGUCUCGCUGAGAGAGACAUUGUACAGUUUGUUCCAUUCAGAGACUACAUCGACAGAUCUGGCAACCAGGUCCUCAGCAUGGCCCGGCUGGCUAAAGACGUCCUCGCGGAGAUCCCCGACCAGCUGCUGUCUUUUAUGAAGAGCCGAGGAGUUGAACCGCGACCGGCCCUCUCCACCUCGCCACUACCGGAGCUACACCGGCAUAUCUGACACAGCCACAGCCACUCGUGUCUGCCUCUCCCCCCUGACUCUCUCUCUCUCUCUCUUCCCCUUCUGCUUUACUACACUCACUGCCCAUAUAUUUGUCACUUUAAAAAAGAAGCAGAAGCAUCGACCCGUGACUUGUCCUCUUCCUCUCUUAUCACCAGUGAAUCCAAACAGGCACAUCUCCCCAUCACAGCGGGCGCUCAUCCCUAACUGACCCACUGCUGUUCGUCACCUAUUCUCUUCACUAACUCCCCCGUCAUACAGCUGUACCUUCCAUUUACUGUAUGAAAGAGCAGUGAGUCCGAGCCAUGAGUGUCCUGUCCCCCUCCUCCCCACUGACUAUCAUUCAAAGCUUCAUUUUUUUAAAUGUAUCUGUCAAUUCCCCAUCACCAGACACAUGUUUUGCACAAAAACGUUUUUUUACAUUUGUGUCCUUGUCCUCAGGAAGUGUUGACACUAUAGUCACAUUUGGCAAGAGUCCCAGGAAGUGCAAGACUUUAAAUGAAUUUGAAGCCGGUCCCAAAUGAAAGCAGAGCUCUAUAUGAGCAAGCUAGCCAAGCUGUUUUGGCCAAGCUUUAGACGGUAAUCUAUUGGAGUGAUUGGUCACCGUGAGGUCAGGUGUCAGUGAUUUAUACUUUUCCAUCUUCAUCAACACGCUAUGCCAAAUCUUUUUUUUAAACUUAAAUAGAGGCUGCCGGAACAAUUAUUUUAAUCCAGGGGGUUUUCAAGCUGUGUGGCAUGCCACCCUAGGGUCAGUUAAAAGAGGUGUGUGGGAGGGUGGGGGGGGCUUGAGGUAAAAUGACAGGUGCAUCUCAGUGUUCAUAAAAGUCAUCUUCGUAGUUAUUGUAGUUCGGCCAGUUCAUUUGGACCGCUUAUUGCCCACAGCAGUUAGAGCUGCCACAGAGGCUGUGACACACAACUCCAGGAGGCAAUUAAUGGACUUUAAAAACCCGAUAUUUGCAAAUUUGCGUCAAACAUCACACUCCUUUCCUGGAGUCAUCUGGCACACAUUCUACACACAUUCUUUGACUUAGUGUGUGUGAUUUAUGUUCCUGCAGAGGUCCCACGCUGAGCUUUCACCGUAAAAUACGUAAGUGGCCUGUUUUUAUACUUGUGGGUGUGUGUAUUGAUCUCUUAAAGAGAAUCGCAGGGCCGGCGUGUGUGUGUGUGUACAUCAAGUGAGAGAGUGACGGCGAUUAGCUUCCACUUGAGUGCCGACUGUUGAGGCGUAGUGGGAGAAACAAAGUGUCCCCCUGUGCUUUCUGACCUCGGUGGGAAAUCUGUAGCAGGAAAAGUUAACCGUCUCCUUGAUUUCAUGUUGUUUAUGGAGAAGAAGAACUAGGGAACGAGUCUGGGGGGAAAUGCAACGCUACCAAGCCACGUGCGAGCAGUGUGCGUUGAUGAGACGUGUAGUUACAUUUAUUUUUAGGUGCACGUCAAGCUACAGCAUAGGGUUGGGCGUAGAGUCUGUGUCUCCACGUACCUACGUAUGUAGCCGCGGCGUAGAUUUAACGCAGAAGCAUAAAUCACGCUUUACACUGUCCGGGAUAGCCUUAUCUUUGUGUCCAUUGUGAAUGAACGUCUAUGAAUAAUACGUGGAAAUCAACUUGCAUGAGAAUCAUCAGGUUUUAAAGUUUUCCUCACUAUCAAAGUACUCCUGUGUCCAGUCUGUACAUGCAUGAGUAUAUUGCAAGCAUGAACUGCUGAUAGCUGAUUCUGCAUAUUUUUAAUAUCACAAAUGUGUCAAUAUGUGAACAAAUAUAAGCAGGAGAAACAGCCAACAGAUUCCAUGACAACAUUAUACUUCUUGUUUACACUGCCCCAAAUUAUAGAUACAGUAGCCUAGUUCAAAAUAUGAGUGCUUGGUAAUGGUUCUUAAGUCAAUAAUUAUUAAUAAUAGGAGGGACAAAAUCUAUUAAUAUUACCGGGGGUGGGGGGUGCAGUUGUCUCCAUUCUCUCUAUGAGCCCACAGUGUCAGACUUUGAAAACCCCUGGUUUAAUCCAACUAGAUGAAUUAGUCACAGACCUUCACACACAACACACAAACACACACGCGCACACCUCUGUCUAUCAUGCCCCCUCCCCCUUCUCUUUGCUCAGCGUGGGCUGAAGCCGGGUGCAGAUUCCUCUCCUGCUGUUAGAGAAAUGCCAGUCUCUCCGGCUGCCCUGCGGAGAGGAGGAGGAGGAAGGAAGGAAGGAAGGAAGAGACAGGGAGGAGGUGGGAGUAAAGAGAAGAGAUGUAAAGGUGGAGGAUAGUGAGGGGGAGAUGGAAAGAAAAAAAUGGAGUGUAGUGAAGAGGAAAGAGACAAGUAUGGACAAAGGGAAGAGGAGAGGAUCCAGAGAUUAGUUUGUUUGAUGGGAGGAAAAUGGGAGACGGUGGCAGAUGAGAGUUGGAGAUAGGAACAUAGAGAGUAUCUCAGUCUUUACUUUGAGUUUGUACUCUGUCUGAAAAGUCUUUGUAUGCAUAUGUUUUGGGUAAAUAAAUCCAAAUGAAGGACAAAUGCACAUUCUCCGACAAGCAAUAUACCUGACUCCCAGUGUAAUGUUUUCCCGAUGCAUGUCCCUCCCUCUCCCCUGCCAUGACUUGACAUUUUAUUCCCAGGCAGACUGGAGCUGUGUAUACAAAGUGGCCAAAGCCUGUCACCUAGUGUUCAUUGUUUAUAUGGCAGGGUAUCUUUAUUAUGCAUGACUAACUGUACAUUCCUAUACUAACUCACACAGUACAGACGCAUGACCUGAUGCAACUGUCCUUACUGACUGUGAGCGCAGUGAAUUCAGACAUCAUAAGGAACUACAAACUCCAACACAUGUAUGCUCUCAUGUGAAAUGUGAUGGUCUCUUUUUAAAAGACGUUUUUGUCAAUGUCAGUGUAAUGAUGGUGGCUUAGAGGGGUGUUCAUACUGUUUCAUGUGUUGUGUAAGUAUAUUGAUUUUUUUAUAAAUGUGGAGUAUAAUUUGUUUACUCGUCAAGGUUUUUUUUUUUUUCUUGCAUGUUGAGAAAUAAAAGCCUUCCAGUGUUCAAGUAGUUGUCAUUGCAAAAGAUUAUCGGGG